GAGCCCACAUGAGAGGAACCCACGUAUGAAACAUACCCUACCAUUGUCUUCCUCCCUCAUUUCACAGCCUCCAUUCCCUCUCUCUCGUCGCCGUCGAUCCGCCGCCCUGCGGCCAGCGCCGCCGCUCCGGCGGUGCCCCUCUCUCCCUCUCUUCUCUCCCUUCUCCCCCUCCUCUCUCUCUUCUUCUCUCAGCCUCACGCCUCCGUCAUCCCCUCUCUCUCUCUCCCGAUUAACUGCCGCCGCUACUGUGCAUGCACAGGCGGCGGCUUCGCCUUCCUCCUCCCGGAAGUCCAGCCGUAUCUGCGGCGGUCUGCAUCUAUCUCUCUCUCUCCCCGAUUCUCCACACAGCCGCCGCUGCGGAUCCUCCUCCGCCGCCGCCGCUGCUGCGAAUCCGCCACCGUCGCGGAUCCGCCUCCACCGCCGUCGCCGAGAACCUCCCCCAGCUGCCGACGCCGAUUUCCGACAGAUCCGUCAAGGCUGCGAUUUUAGUGAUGGAUUUGGGGUAUUGGGCUGUCAUUGUUAACGACGGGUUGCCGAGCUUGCUGCCGGAAGCUUCUCUGGUGGACUUCUAUGCCCUUUCAAGCUAAGUUCCUAUUAUUAUUUGGGAAUUUGUCAUUUUAUGUUUUUGGGAUGCUAUAGCAACUAUGUUCUUGUGGUGCUAAAUUAUCUAUAUGAAAUACAUAUCGAAUGCUAAAUUGGUGUUUUACAAUUUUGGAUACUAAGUUUGUAUUUUGGCAGAGACAUGUUUUGCCUAUAUGUACUGUGUCAAUAUGUGGAUAAGUGAGGUGUGGGUACUUACUUUUGUGUGAUUGUGAAAAGGACUUGUUGGAUUUGUCUCUUUUAUGAUAUGCAAAAGUCCCGAUGAAUUACUUCA